GUGGGGUGAGAGGCUGCUCGACAUUCACUCCGUGGUUUGGCCUGAAUUUCCGUUGCUUCUACAUCGGGCGGUGAUGGCGGGAGAAAAGAAAAGAUUGAUUUAAUCAUUUUGUUUGUUUCGGCAGUUGAUGAUUUUGCCACAAGACGAACAUCACAGCUAGUGUUGAUCUGUUUACAAAGUGAGAAAUAUAUAAUACGAGGAGCUGACUUUGAAAACCUAUUCGACAAGGACCUCUUGAAGAAGACAGUCAUUUCAACAGUAAAUUGCCUGAAUCGAUUUCUGAUCCGAUUUUAUGUUAAUAGCAACCCAACACUGAAAUCUUUUGACAGUGAGUGUGGAGUUCGCCAAGCGGUUACAAAACAAAACAUCGUCAUUGUUCAAAGUCGAGGAAUUUCUUACCUGAACAACUUGUGGGAAAAAAGUUUCUGGUAGAGGGAGAAGGACAAAUACAAAGAAAGAACUGUAGUUUUGGUGAAUAGAAGAAGAAGAAAAAAAGUUAUUUCGCUUAAAAAUAGACACGUUUCUAAGAAUAAGAAUGUUUGGCAAUCUAGACUUUUAAUUUUCGUCUUAAAUACUCUGAAUCUGUGACGAUUCAAUAUGACUGUUUAUUUUCAAAAUGGUCUAAGAGAUAGAUAGGAAAAACAAAACAAAACAAAAAGUAAAAACAAAUCAUAUAUUACUCUAUUACUCUAGCAUUAUCCUCGCUAAGUGACAAAAAACAAGAAAAAAGAGAAAGAAACAACAAAAAAAUAAAAACUUUAAAAGCAAGAAAGAAACAACAACAACAACAACAACAACAACAACAACAAAACAGCAUUAAAAGCGAGAAAGGAAAGAAAGAAAGAAAGAAAAAAAACCCCACGCUACUCUGGUGAAAAUUCCCCAGAUGUCACACCCAACAGCAGGAAGUCUUCACGAAAAAUACGCCAUAAUAAGGAAAGUCUUUUCGUUGUACUAGAAGAUUCUGGGACUCUGUGAAGUCGCGCUGUCUUUUGGAAAUCAUGGAGUUGCCCUUAAGGAUCCGUCUUGCUGAGAUUCUGCAAUUGCUCCUUGUCUUCUCUCGAGGAAACCCAGCCGUCGGGACGUUCCUUCACUCGCACGGCAAGGCCUUCGAGGGCAGCGAGGGAAGGCCCCACACGCAGCCGUGGGAGCCGCCCCCCUCCUCGGGCCCUGUGUUCGACCCCUCGCCUCCCCACAACGUGACUGCUGUGAAGGGCGAGAAUGCCUAUCUCCACUGCAUCGUUUACAACCUUGGUAACAAUACGGUGUCCUGGAUCCGCGACGUCGACCUGCACAUCCUGACGGUGGCGCAGUACACCUACACCGCCGACGACAGGUUCGAGGUCAUCCACUCCCCGGACUCCAACUCCAACUCCUGGAUUCUGAAGAUCAAGUCAGUUCAGCCGAGGGACUCAGGUCGCUACGAGUGCCAGGUCAACACGCACCCGACUGACCCCAUCACGUUCCCCGUCUACCUGUCCGUCUUUGUACCCACAGCCCGCAUCUUGGGUUCCCCUGAGCGAUAUGUGUACAGGGGCUCGACCAUCAACCUCACCUGCAUCAUCAACCAUAAGCCUGAAUCUACAACGGAGAUCUUCUGGUACCAUAACAAUAAGGUGAUCAACUACGACAACCGCGACAGCCGGGUGAGCGUGAUCACGGACCGCGGCGCCGUCACCAAGACCAUCCUGCUGAUCCACGACGCGCACGACGGCGCCACAGGGACCUACUCGUGCGUGCCCUCGCCCUCCGCCACCGCCUCCGUCAGGAUACACAUCCUCAACGGAGACUCCACAGCCGCCAUCCUGACGAACACCGGACGCCCUUGCCACCUGUGCCCCGCUACGUUCACGUUCGCUCUCGCCCUCCUCACCUGCCUGCUCUGUGACGUCACAAUCCGGGACUUUCUGAAGUGAAGAAUCUGAUGUUAUUUUUUAUGACUUUACCUUAUCGUAUACAGAUAUUAAAUAUAUAUAUAUAUCUAUUGAUGUUUUAUAAA